CCGAUGUCUACGGAUAUCGGCAAAAUAAUUUUUCAGCUCUCUUGAAAUAAAAUCAAAAAGCUUCCCAACAAAAUUUCGUUUCUGGAUUGCAGUGUUUUGAUUCGUAAUCAUGUCUCAGACGAACUGGGAAGCUGAUAAAAUGUUAGAUGUGUAUAUUCAUGAUUAUUUGGUGAAAAGAGAUUUGAAGGCUACGGCUCAGGCCUUUCAAGCAGAGGGAAAAGUGUCUUCGGACCCUGUUGCUAUUGAUGCACCGGGAGGGUUUUUGUUCGAGUGGUGGUCGGUAUUCUGGGAUAUAUUCAUUGCCAGGACUAACGAAAAGCACUCCGAUGUUGCUGCAUCGUAUAUCGAGACGCAAUUAAUAAAAGCAAGAGAGCAGCAACAGCAUCAACAGCAUCAACAACACCAGCAACAGCAGCAGCAGCCGCCACAGGCACAACAACAGCAACCACAACAUAUGCAGAUGCUUCUGAUGCAGAGACAUGCCCAACAGCAACAGCAGCAACAGCAACAGCAGCAACAGCAGCAACAGCAACAGCAGCAACAGCAGUCACAGCAGCAGCAGCAGCAAACGCAGCAACAGCAACAGCCACGAAGAGAUGGAGCUCAACUCUUAAAUGGAUCUUCAAAUGGUUUCGUUGGAAAUGAUCCACUUAUGCGCCAGAAUCCUGGAUCCGUAAAUGCAUUAGCUACAAAAAUGUAUGAGGAUCGAUUAAAACUACCCCUUCAGAGGGAUUCUCUAGACGAGGCGGCUAUGAAACAAAGAUAUGGGGAAAAUGUUGGGCAGCUGUUGGACCCGAAUCAUGCUUCAAUUCUGAAGUCAGCUGCAGCAACCAGCCAGUCCUCAGGGCAAGUGUUACACAGUACUGCCGGGGGAAUGUCUCCUCAAGUUCAGUCUAGGAGCCAGCAAUUGGCAGGUUCCGCACCGGAUAUAAAGAGCGAGAUCAACGCAGGUUUGAAUCCUAGAGCUGCCGGUCCGGAGGGAUCAUUGAUGGGCAUUCCUGGAUCAAAUCAUGGUGGCAAUAAUUUGACCUUAAAGGGAUGGCCUCUCACGGGGCUAGAGCAGCUCCGUUCCGGGAUCCUUCAGCAACAAAAAUCUUUCAUACAGGCACCUCAGCAAUUUCCUCAGCUUCAGAUGUUGACACCGCAACACCAACAACUCAUGCUCGCUCAGCAGAAUUUAACGUCACCUUCUGUUAACGACGAUGGUAGAAGAUUGAGAAUGCUUUUGAACAGUCGAAUUUCUAAAGACGGGCUUUCGAAUUCUGUUGGUGAUGUUGUUCAAAACGUUGGAUCUCCUCUUCAAACUGGCAGUCCGCUUUUGCAACGUGGAGACAACACAGAGAUGAUGCUUAAGAUAAAAAUAGCUCAAUUACAGCACCAACAACAGCACCAACAAAAUAAUAGUCAGCAACAGCAGCAACAGCAGCAGCAGCAGCUUCAGCAGCAUGCGCUUUCUAAUCCACAAUCACAGAGCUCAAACCACAAUUUGCAUCAGCAAGAAAAAAUCGGGGGUGCUGGCAGUGUCACGAUGGAUGGUAGCAUGUCGAACUCAUUUCGUGGAAAUGAUCAGGUUUCAAAAAGUCAGACCGGGAGAAAGAGGAAGCAGCCAGUAUCAUCUUCGGGUCCAGCAAAUAGCUCAGGGACAGCGAAUACAGCAGGGCCGUCCCCAAGUUCCGCUCCUUCAACGCCCUCGACUCACACUCCUGGAGAUGCAAUCUCAAUGCCUGCUUUGCCUCACAGUGGUAGUUCAUCUAAACCUUUGAUUAUGUUCAACAGUGAUGGUACUGGAACUUUUACAUCUCCCUCAAAUCAGUUGUGGGAUGAUAAAGAACUUGAAUUGCAGGCUGAUAUGGAUCGCUUCGUGGAGGACGGGUCUCUUGAUGAUAAUGUCGAGUCUUUUUUAUCCCAUGAUGAUACGGACCCGAGAGAUCCCGUAGGCCGCUGUAUGGAUGGCAGCACAGGAUUCACGUUUACCGAGGUGAAUUCUGUUCGAGCAAGCUCGAGCAAAGUCACCUCGUGCCACUUUUCAUCUGAUGGAAAAUUGCUUGCUAGUGGCGGCCACGAUAAAAAGGCUGUAUUAUGGUACACGGAAAAUUUGAAGCCGAAAACGUCACUUGAAGAACAUGGUUCUAUGAUCACCGAUGUUCGUUUCAGUCCUAGCAUGCCCCGUCUAGCUACAUCUUCAUUUGACCGAAUUGUCCGGGUUUGGGAUGCCGACAAUCCAUGUUAUACUCUACGUAGCUUUACGGGACAUUCGACUUCUGUUAUGUCUUUGGACUUCCAUCCAAAGAAGGAUGACCUUAUCGGCUCUUGCGAUGGCGACGGUGAAAUUCGAUACUGGAAUAUCACUAAUGGCAGUUGUGCAGCAGUAUUCAAGGGCGGUACAGGCCAGCUGAGAUUUCAACCUCGUCUUGGAAGGUACUUGGGUGCGGCUAUAGAUAAUGUCGUGUCCAUUUUUGAUGUCGAGACGCAAGCUCGUCUGCAUACGUUACAGGGCCAUACGAAAACGAUUAAUUCUCUUUGUUGGGAUCCUUCUGGAGAGUUUUUGGCAUCCGUUAGUGAGGAUUCCGUUCGAGUAUGGUCGCUUGCUUCCGGGAGCGAGGGCGAAUCCAUUCACGAGUUGAGCAUUAACGGGAAUAAGUUCCACUCUUGUGUUUUCCAUCCCACCUUUUCUACUUUACUGGUCAUUGGAUGUUAUCAGUCAUUAGAGUUUUGGAACACGAGCGAGAACAAGACGAUGACACUGUCAGCUCAUGAAGGUCUAAUAUCUGCCUUAGCAGUGUCCACCGCGUCGGGUCUAGUUGCUUCGGCCAGCCACGAUAAGUUCAUCAAGCUAUGGAAGUAGAACAAAGAACACACACACAGAAAAACAGUGACAAAAGGUAACCCACACUACUUGAAUGGAAAGCCAAGGAAGUGGUCUGGUUCUGGUUUGUUUUGGUCCAUAGCUUUGUGUUCUUUUCUUAGACUUUUAACUCUUUUUGUCUUGCAUAUCAGUAUGACCCCAAAUUCUGACAAAACUAUGCCUGUAAUUGGUACUCAAUCAUGGUAGAAUGUAUACUAUUACUCUUCCCUUUGCCUUC